AUGGACCUAGAUCCAAAGUUCUCCAGGAAGCGCGAGAGUCGGACACGCGCUCCGACAGCUUGUCAAACCUGUCGCUUGCGCAAGACCCGGUGCGACAAUGUAAGACCCAUCUGUAGCUACUGUGCGAUACAGGGAGUCGAGUGUAUCUUCCCCGAGAGCUCGCCGCAUGUAACACAGACCAACUUCGAGUCCUCCAAUCAUGAGAUCCUGCAGCGGCUAGGCCAUAUUACCUCAUUGCUGGAGGAUAUCAAGCAGGAUGGUGGAUCAGGCAGGGGCUCGUUCUUUGGGUUGAAUGUGCAAAAUGCGAGUCCCCUGACAGAUGCUUCUCCUGGUCACAGCAACCGGGGAGCCGCCAUUGAAGAUCGAUCCGGGGACCACGAUCCCCUGGCCUUGUACGCGGCUAACUCCGCGGAAUACAUGCUCCGCUGGCCGGUAUACAGCAAGGUCAUCACCGAGGCUGAAAAGAAUAUUCGUUCCUUUUUGCUCGAUUCAUUAGAGAAGCAAUCCGAGCCCCCCAUCCCGCCUCCCCGAACAUUAGGUGUUGGUUCUUUCUUAGACGAUAUACAACAUCUUUGUCGAAAAUACAUACGACUGCUCCAUCGGCGAAAUCCCAUUAUUGAUGUCGAAAGACUGGAGCGUUAUGCUCGCGAAGUAACAAUACAAGGCCUAGGGUGGGACGGCCCGUCCUGCCAAGUGCUCAUAGCCUGUGCUCUGGCAUGCUGCACAUCAACAUUCAUUCCCUUGAGUGAACUCCCGGUCGAUCUUGAUCGCAUCCCCACGCCACCUCGGUCAGAUGCUAGUAUCGAACUUGCCGAAGCUUACUUCCAUGCUGCGAAACAACGGCUUGGUUCACUACACACAUCACCGACUGACAUACAAUGCUUUCUUCUCGCGGGAUCUUACCACAGACAUCUCAUGCGACCCUUGCAGGCCUGGUUUUGCUAUCAGCAAGCUUCCUGCAGGCUAGAAGUCCGCUUGCGAACCAUGCGUAGAGGGCAAUGGGUAGCCGAUGUCAACUAUAAUAGUCUCGAAUCUCGCCUAUACUGGUCCUGUAUGCAGGCAGAGCAUGAAAUGCAGAGCGAGCUUCCACUGUGGAGCAGCGGGCUCAAAAGUCUCGGAUAUUCAGCGCAAUUCCCAACAUUUCCACGGACGAGUGCGUCAAACUCGACGUCGACUUCACCAGAGGAUGCAAUGGAUGAAGGCAAUGACGCAUCGCCGCAAUCAGAUAUUAGCGGCACAGAAGAGGAAAAGGGGUGGAGAUUUUACAUUGGAUCGAUUUGCAAUCGCCGCACUGUAAAUGAUAUGCUGAUAGACAUGUGGCGCUCCGGCGAGCAAGAGUGGGUCAAUAACAUGGAUGGCGUCGUCGAGAAAACUACCGAGGCCGUUCAUGUUGUUUAUUCUUGGUAUCAAUUGUCACGGAAUGCCCUCCCUCCCUCAAGCCCCGAUAAUGAAGACCUGGAAUCGCUCGUCUACGGCCGCUACCUCCUUUGUCUGGAGAAGAUCUACCGCCCUAUCAUCUACCUUGCAGUCCACUAUAACUCCCUUCCGGGAUAUAUUCAAAACAACACCCGGCGCGCCCGAAUUAUCUUUGAUCAUUCGCAAGAAGCCCUCGAGAGCUAUACCAUUCUUAUCCCUAACCUGUGGUAUCAUUUUCGCCAUGAGUGGAUCUGGAAUGUCAUGAGAUGUACCUUUGGUGCCUCCAUUCAGAUCAUUGCAGCUGUCCUCAGUCGAUUACAAUAUGCCAAUGCCGGUGGGUGGUGUCUUAUUCCACCCCACAACUGGACCGCCCUGGUACGGUUAUCUAUUCGGACAUUGAGAGCUUGGUCAGCGGAGUCGCCUGAUGUGGAGAUAAUGAGGACUACGUUGGAGAGGAUGUAUCAAGGCACUUGUUUGUUAGCUGGGGUGAGAACAGAUCUGUAA